UGAAAGUUUAUCUAUGUUUUGAAAGCUUAACCUUAAUCUUACACUUAAAAUAGUGUUUUGGUUUAAUAAAUGGAAAUGUAAUUUGAACUGCAAAAAUGGCAAGAAAGUUAAACAAGUAUACCUUCCUUGGUGCUGUGAGUCUUGGAAGUUUUUUUGCUGGUUCAAUUUUCGAAAAGUAUUAUGGAAAAUGCAAUCAAGAUUACAGCUUACCAGUAUCUAGUGAUUUUCCAAGAUUUUCAAUAUUUGGCUCAGUUCUGGCAGCCACACCACUUUCUCCAGCACCAGUCCAACAGAGCCCUACAAGUGCUAGUAGAGUUUCUCAAAUAAUGAAAUAUGGGUUCCCUAGUUUGGAUAACAUAAGAUCUUUUGAUGAUUAUGUUUUAAGUUAUGAUAGAAGAAACAGAGUAGCACAUUGGGUAUUUGAGCACUUAACACAUGAACAUGUUGUACAUAAUGACAAGGUUGAUAGAUCUAAAUGUGAUUUUAAGCCAGAUGAGAGUAUUCACCCAUUUUUUAGAUCAGACAAUUCAGAUUAUAGAGGUUCUGGAUUUGAUAGGGGACAUUUAGCAGCUGCUGGAAAUCAUAAAGCAAACCAGAAACAUGUUGAACAGACUUUCUACUUGUCAAAUAUGGCUCCUCAAGUAGGUAGAGGCUUUAAUAGGGAUUCAUGGAAUAGAUUAGAAAGAUAUGUAAGAAAACUGACAAGAAACUAUCCUAAUGUAUAUGUCUGCACAGGACCUUUGUAUUUACCAAGAAAAGAAUCUGAUGGCAAAACAUAUAUAAAAUACCAGGUAAUUGGUUCUAAUAAUGUAGCUGUGCCUACUCAUUUUUUUAAAGUGGUUGUUGUGGAAUCUUCAAGUGGGGAAUUGGAAUUGGAGGCAUAUGUUAUGCCUAAUCAAGUUAUAGAUGAUGCAACUCCUUUAACCAGCUUUCUGGUCCCUCCUGAGAGUAUUGAAAGAGCUGCUGGCUUGUUAUUCUUUGAUAAUGUAUCAAGAAAUAAGUUUAGUAAGAUAAAUGGAAAGAAGAAUUAAUUAAUGUAGUAUACAUAUGUAUAGUUGCUGUGAUAUGGUUUUAAAGAGAUAACUAAAUAAAUUAUUUAUGUUUUUUGCUGUC